GCUCUCGCCGCUUCACUUUCGUCUCAUGCUCACGGCUUCACUCUAGUUGGAUAGUCCGUGUGCGGUGUUCUGAGAUUUCGACGGUAAUUAAUUCCCAGCUCAAUUACAGAUUGUGCAGAUUAAUCCAGCAUUAGCUAAAGGGCCACAUGGAAAUGGAUUAAAGGGGAUCAAAGUGCAUAAAAGAAAAGUGCAAUAACCGCUGCGUGGACUGCACGAAAAGAAAGAAAAGCAGCUUGAAGAAACAAAUAUAUUUGCAUACACACACACACACCACACACACACACACACAUACUGUACACAUAUGCACAAGAAGAAGUGAAGAAAUCGAAUAGGAAUAACAAAAUGAUGAUUUUCUAUGCCAAAUACGCGUUCCUCUUUUGGCUGACAAUUGGCAGCAACCGCGGAGAACUGCUGCUGCUGAGCCAAAUAUCAGAGGAUGAGACGCUGCUCAGGGUGUCCGCCUGCACACAGCGCUGUCAGGAAGAGACAAAGAACUUUCUGGAGUGCUUCAAGAUUUGCAGGGAGCACGAGGACAGCGACUAUGCACCCGCAACGCUGCGCAGAAUCCAGGAGAACUAUCAACUGAAGAUGGUAUGUCGCACCGAGUCUAUGCUGGCCUUUCGCAUAGAUUGGGUGCAGCACGGCCGGUUGGAGCUGGGGGGCCAGACACCAAACGCCGCGUAUAUCAUCAAGGUGAAUGCUGCCAGCGAGGACAUUGUAGAGUCGAAGCUCUUUCUGUCGGAUGACAAAUUCAUGGUCUUGCACUCACUGGAAGCCUACACUGACCACAACAUCACCGCUCUGGCUGUACACAGCGAUGGCAGCUACUCCCUGAUAGCCAACGAGGAAACAUUUGGCACCCUCAAGCGUGGCUAUCAGCCCAGCAAGAUGGGUGCCGUAAAGCUGCGCGGAUUUGUCCAGCCCCAAGAAGAUGGACAACACAUUGCCGCCGAGAUCGAGUGGCAGCCAUCUGCAGACCGCAACUGUUUCUUCGAUAUGGUGUAUUAUGCAACGCAAAGCGUGACCAUGGAUCAGCCUAUUCAAGUGGAGAUUCGAGAUCCUCGUCGACUGUACAGACACACCAUCGACAGCCUGAAUUUCGGGGAACAGUACAUGGUGGGUGUGCGGACGGUGAACUACCUGAACACGCUGGAGAGCGACCUCAAGUGGUUGAUGGUGCAGGCUCCCAGCUGUCUGGACUGGCAUCACUUCAACUACACGCUCUGCGCACCAGCAAAACCCUCAAAUCUGUCCGUGACUCAGGAGCAGUACCUGAAGGACACUCUGGCACUGAAUGUCAGCUGGGAGCGGCCCAGCCACCUGCCCGACAACUACACACUGCACAUCCUCGAUCUGCACAUGGACAGCCAAGAGGCGAACUUCACUUUGGAGGGGAAUGCAAGCUACUGCUUCAUUCCCAAAAUUAAGGUGCUCGGAUCCAGCUUUGAGGUGCACUUGGUGGCCCAUACGGCGGGCGGCAGGAAUGCCUCUGGGGUAUUGCUGGACAAGGCGCCUCGCGAAGAUUGGCUAAAAGAGGGCCACAUGAUCAAGCUGAUUGCCUUUGUCAUUGUCCCCAUCUGCUGCAUCAUCAUGCUGUGUUCUCUGACGCUCUGCAAGCGCACUCGGCAGGAGCUACAGGCCGUGGACAUGGAGUCCAAGGAGAAGGUCAAUCAGAACGACUUUCACCUCUCACUGAUAGACAACAGCGGCCUGUUGGUCACCCUCUCGGCCAACGAGAGCUUUGACUUUGUAGACGAUCUGGAGGUGGAGCCGCAUACUGUACUCCUGCUGGAUGUCCUGGGCGAGGGUGCCUUUGGCCUGGUGCGACGCGGCGUGUACAAAAAGCGACAGGUGGCCGUCAAGUUGCUAAAAGAUGAGCCCAACGAGGAGGAUGUGUAUGCAUUCAAGUGUGAGAUUCAGAUGCUCAAGGCUGUGGGCAAGCAUCCCAAUAUUGUGGGCAUCGUUGGCUACUCCACAAGAUACAGCAAUCGCAUGAUGCUGCUCAUCGAGUACUGCAGCCUCGGCAGCCUGCAAAACUUUCUGCGCGAGGAGUGGAAGUUUCGGCAGGAGCGCAGUGGCGUUCACUUGAAGCAGAAGCAAACACAAAAGCAGGAAUGGGAGAAGCGGCGACUGCAACGUACGAGGCGUGAUUUAAAUCAGGAUCCCAACACACGCAUUGAGGAGAUCAACUGUUCCAUGCUCUCCACCGUUGAGGAGGAGGAGUCCGACGCUGAUCAGACGCACACCAGCAGCCGCGUGGAAACCUACACUCUGGCAAGAAUGAGCCAUGCCGCAGACAACAAGUCCUAUGGACUCGAUGACAUUGAAAACAUUGGCGGCAGUCUGACCUUGCCAACAGUUCUGAAAGUGGUGCAGCCAGAGAAAGGGGAAGCGCCAGGCGCAAAGCGCACCUUUGAAAACAAGGAAUACUUUGAUUCGCGGACAGACCCCACGCCGAGUCCCGAACGAGCGCCACUGAAGUACGCAGAUUUAUUAGACAUUGCGCAGCAGGUGGCCGUGGGCAUGGAGUUCCUUGCGCAAAACAAAGUGGUGCACCGUGACCUGGCAGCGCGCAAUGUGUUGAUCUCUCUGGAUCGCAGCAUCAAAAUAGCCGACUUUGGGCUGAGUCGCGAUGUUUACCACGAGAACGUCUACCGCAAGACCGGAGGCAGCGGAAAGCUGCCCAUCAAGUGGCUGGCCCUGGAGUCACUCACCCAUCAGGUGUACACCAGUCAGAGCGAUGUCUGGUCCUUUGGUGUGCUGCUCUAUGAGAUCAUGACCCUAGGCGGAAUGCCGUAUCCAUCUGUGUCGCCCAGCGACCUGCUACAGAUGCUGCGGCAGGGCCACCGCAUGAAGCGCCCGGAGGGCUGCACAGACGAAAUGUUCGCGCUGAUGGAGAGCUGCUGGAGCUCAAUACCCUCCCACAGACCCACAUUCACCGGUCUCAAGGAGCGACUGGGCGGUAUGAUUGUGGCCACCAACGAGAUGCCGCUUCGUCUGCAAAAGCAAGCGGAGGCAGCAGCCAAUUUAAAGUCAAAGACAGAGGCACAGCCCGAGCCAGAACCAUGUGAGCAGGAGCAGCAGCAGCAGCAGCAGCAGCUGGACAAGAAAGAAGAGACUUACCUGGAGCCUUGUCCUUAGUGGGACUAACCACAGACGAAAUGGAGUUCAUUAAGUACGCAACAGAAUGAUGCGUUUAAUGUGCAAUAUGAUAUCAAUGAUAGGAAUCAAAUUGAGACAAUGCUGGGAAGCAGCUACGAGUGCGCGUAACCAUUUACCAUUAACUUUGAAAUAAACUCCAACAAUUGCUAUGCCA